AUGCAAACGAGAUCUGCAAUGUCUCUAUCUCCAAGCUUCAACACCAACUACUCCAACACUCGCCUCGCCGGAAUCACCGCACGGGUGGCCGGAGAAUUCGCUUCCGAUGGAUUUCGCGACAAAUUACGUGCGGAGGGAGAAGAGAAUUGGAGAUUCCUAGGGAGAGAAAAGACUUGGAAUACUGUAAUUCCUGGGGAAGACAGCGGCGAGGACAGCGAAUUCGAGUUCUCCUUCGCGGGGAGAGGCUCCGAGAUGCCGUCCCCGGUCUCGGCUGACGAGAUCUUCUGCAACGGCCAGAUCCGACCCGUUUACCCGUUUUUCAACGCGGAUUUGUUUCCGAAUCGAAUCAGAUUUGGGAGAAGAGACGAGGAGGAGUGCAGCGCCGGUUCUACCGUACGGAUGCCGUUGAUGAAGCUGUUUAUCGAGGAAAGGGAACCGGCGGCGGCGACGACGUCGAGCUCUUCGUCGGGGGCGGACGAGCUGGAUGGAGUGCCGGCGGAUACGUACUGCGUGUGGCGGCCGAAGGAGGCGGCGGCGGAGGUGCGGUGCGGGAAGAGUAGCUCCGUCGGCUCGAGGUCUAAGCGGUGGAGAAUCGGAGACCUGCUGCGCAGGAGCCACAGCGAUGGAGGUAAGGACCGGUUUUUGGUCUUUUUGAGCCGCGGCGGUAGCUGGAGAAAGGCGGGUGAAGGCGAGGAGAAAGUCAAAAUCGCCGGGAAAGUGAGGCCUGCCGCGGCGCGUUCGCCGCUGGGUAAUCGGGACGGCGAUGAAAAGAGACGGUCUUACUCGCCGCACAGGCAGGAUUUUUUGGGGCUUAUCGCCGGUGUAAAUGGGUCGAGUAAAAAUUUGCAGCCGUUUUAA